AUGACGGAAUUCAGCAACAGUGCAAAGGGUGCCAUCCCUCUUAUCAUUAACAAUGAAUCGAUCAUAACAAAUUCUAAAUUCGAAGUCCGAGCCCCUGCAACUGGCGAAGUGAUCAGUCUCUGUGCCAGCGCUUCAGUCGACGAUGCCAACCGUGCUGUGGCCGCUGCGAAGGCGGCCUUCCCCGCAUGGAGAAAUACGACGCCAUACGACCGCCGGGAUAUCUUGCUCAAGGCAGCGGAUAUCAUGCUUUCCCGGAAAGAGGAGUUGAUCGGAUACCAGAUGGAGGAAACAGGAGCUGCGAGACCAUUUGUAGAGAAAACAUUUAUGAUGGGUUCUGAAUUUCUGAAGGACUUUGCUGGAAGAAUUCCUUCGAUCGAAGGCAAGGUACCGUCGGUGUCUCAGGAAGGGGAGGGUGCCAUGGUAUUCAAGGAGCCAUAUGGAGUGAUCUUGGGGAUUGUGCCCUGGAACGCGCCAUUCAUUCUCGGAACUCGCGCCGUUGCCCUUCCACUAGCAGCAGGCAACACAACCGUUCUUAAAGGCUCUGAAUUAUCUCCGAGAUGUUUCCAUGCCCUUGGUGAGAUUUAUCGGGAUGCUGGUCUUCCCGCAGGCUGUCUCAAUGUCCUCUACCACCAGCCUUCAGACGCUGCGGCGGUCACCAAUGCCCUCAUUGCUCAUCCGGCUGUCCGAAAAAUCAACUUCACAGGUAGUACUCGAGUCGGCUCUAUCAUCGCUGCUACUGCUGGUAAAUACAUCAAGCCAGUAAUUUUGGAAUUGGGCGGCAAGGCAUCAGCCAUCGUUUUGGAUGACGCGAAUCUGGAAAAGGCCGCCAUGGGCUGCACUAUAGGAUCCUUUCUGCAUUCUGGUCAAAUUUGCAUGUCCACCGAGCGCAUCGUGGUACAGCGGUCUAUUGCAGAGAAAUUCCGUCAGAUUUUGGUUCAGACAACAGAGAAUGUAUUUGGCAAGAAUGCCCCGGCACCAGUCCUUGUGGCAUCCGCUGCCGUUGACAAGAACAGAGAGCUGGUAACCGAUGCACUGUCCAAGGGAGCGGACGUGCUGUUUGGGGACGCCAAAGCGACCGAAUCUUCCAGUCACAGCCUACGACCCCUGAUAGUUGACAAUGUCACUAAGGACAUGGAUAUCUAUUCCACCGAGUCAUUUGGACCCACUGUAUCCCUGCUGGUUGUCGACACCGAGGAGGAUGCGAUUGCUCUAGCCAACGAUACGGAAUACGGCCUCACAAGUGCCGUCUUCACCAACAACCUGUUUCGGGGGCUGCGAGUUGCCCGGCAGAUUGAAAGCGGGGCGGUCCAUAUCAACUCGUUGACCAUACACGAUGAGCCUGUUCUGCCACACGGUGGAUGGAAGAGCAGUGGAUUCGGUCGGUUCGGAGGAACGUCGGGCUAUGAUGAAUUUUUGCAAACCAAAACGGUGACCUGGGUGGAAUAA